CUGUAGUGAACCUGACAGCCUUCACAGCGUCUCACAUCACAGCUGGAAGAUCCAACAUCAAAGGGAGAAGCAGAAUUGUCUCCAUGGAGGGGACAACUUGUCUUUUUCUUCUCCUGUCAGGUCUGUGUUUCCUUCCCGUCUGUUUCCCUCGUCGCUACAUCCUCGUUAGAGAGGCAUUAACCUGGACUGAAGCUCAGAGAUACUGCAGAGAGAAGUUCACAGACCUGGCCUCUGUGAGCAGCCAGCAGGAGUCAGAUCAGCUGCGGGAGGCUACAGAGGAACUUGAUGUGGGUCACCUGUGGAUCGGACUGUACGAUGACAUCGACAGCUGGAGGUGGUCCCUGGAGGAGGAGGGAUACUACGGAGAAGGAGAGGCCGAGUUCAGGAAGUGGCAUAGCAAAGCCUACAAUAACAUCCGUGGUACACAGACCUGUGUCCUGAUUUCUCAAUAUGGGACAUGGAAUGAUUUCAUUUGCACCGCAAGUUACCAGUUUGUCUGCUACGAUGACUCCUCCUCCAGCUUCAUCUUAGUGAAUGAGACAAAGACCUGGACGGAGGCUCAGAGAUACUGCAGAGAGCGCUACACUGACCUGGCCAGUGUGAGGAACCAAUCAGAGAACGACCAGAUCAAGGGGCUUUUGAAGAACAGUAACACCUGGAUCGGCCUCCACAGAGACUCGUGGGGGUGGUCUGAUGGGAGCCCCUAUUCCCUGAGGAAAUGGGCCACUAAUAGACCAAGAAGUGGCUUCGGGACUCCCUGUGCUCUUUUACAUAGAGGUCUAUGGGAAGACAUGAACUGUGACACUGAACGUUACUUUGUGUGCCAAGACCUGGUGAAGAAACGUGUGCUGAGGGUGCAAGUGACUCGCAAAGACUCGACUGUGAACCUGGAGGAAGCAGCUGCAGCCCUCCUGUGGCAGUUACGAGAGAGGCUGAAGGAGCUCAGCCUGAGAGAAGACGUGAAGCUGACAUGGAGGAAGCAGCCGGAUGGAAAGAUCUUCAACCUGGAAAAAAGAGAGAAGAAGAAGAAGAAGAAGAAGAAGAAGAAGAAGGAGGAGGAGUAGGAGGAGGAGGAGGAGCAGUUCAUCUGUUCAUGAAUCAACUUCUGUGUUUUGUUGCAUUAGUUCGGGCUUGAGAUACCCAGUAUGUAGUUUUCGGUUUUCGUACUUUUAGGGGGAGGUGCUGGAGUG